AUUAUCCCAUGAAAGUAUGUAUUCCCAUUGAAAUCAUAAAGACGUUCCACAUAUGUUUUAUCUUCGGAAGCUUUAUAGUCAUUCUAUUUAUAGUUUGUCGUAUCUACGCAUCGCAACUAAUAGAAGACCUUUAAGUAUGAUUUUUGUAAACAAACCCAUUGAACUUUUAAUCAAUUAUUCCCGAGAGUCUUAGCGUGAAUUAAUUUGCAGUCUUGUAAUGAAAAUUCAAAAAAUCAUAAACGGCUUUGCAAAAUACAAAAAUAAAAAAACGAGUUAAAGACCUGCUUUAACCUUUUUGUGAAAUUGAUAAUUUUUGUUGCAAAUUCACCAUGGUGAUAACAAAUUAACCAAAUAAUAUUGUACGCGUGUGGUCGGCUCAUGAGCGGUGUUUCAGAUGCAAAUUCAUACAAUCAAACGUUCGCGUGAACACAGAAUCUUUUUUCUCCAGCGCUGGAGGAGCGCUUUAUUCAGUCUUGAACAGUGAACAAGAGAGGUUUAUUAUCAUAGACACUUGGAGGUCGAUUUGUGCUCCAAAAUGAUAACACUACUUCUAAUCAGUGCAGUGACGUUAGUUUUCCUGUUUAUCAAACAGCGUUUUAACUAUUGGAAAGUGCGAGGAGUACCUUAUGUGCAUCCAUCGUUUCCGUUGGGAAACCUAGGGGGGAUCGGCUCUACAAAACAUUUGUCCGAGGGAAUGGAAGAUCUGUACAGCAAAUUGAAGGGCAAGGCACAGUUCGGUGGAGUUUAUUUCUUCAUCAACCCGGUGGUUCUUGCCACGGAUCUGGACCUGAUCAAAACCAUUCUGGUGAAAGAUUUCAAUUUCUUCCACGAUCGAUCCAUUUACUACAAUGAAAAAGAUGAUCCGUUAACGGCGCACCUUUUCACCAUGGAAGGCAUCAAGUGGAAGAAUAUGCGCGUCAAGAUAACGCCCACCUUCACGUCCGGUAAAAUGAAACUGAUGUUGCCAAUCGUUCGUGAUUGUGCGAAUGAACUGGAGAAGUGUCUGGCGAAGGAAAUCGAGGACGGCAGGGAGAUCGAAAUGAAAGAUAUUCUCGCUCGAUUCACGACAGAUGUUAUUGGAAACUGCGCUUUCGGAUUGGAGUGUAACAGUUUACAUGAUCCGAAUGCCGAGUUUCGUGUGAUGGGACGGAAAGUGUUUCAACAGCAAGGGCUUGGAUUUCUGAAAUUUCUUCUGACGCAACAAUUCAGAACAAUUUCACGUGCCUUAGGGGCGACCAUCCUACAUCCAGAGGUGUCCAAGUUCUUUUUGAAAACAGUUGCUGAUAACGUGGAGUACAGAGAGAAGAACAAAGUCGAACGAAACGAUUUCAUAGAUUUAAUGAUCAAGUUGAAAAAUGGACAGACUUUGGAUCAUGAGAAUAGUGAGCAACAUGUGGAAAAGAUCACAAUGAAACAAGUAGCUGCCCAAUCGUUCGUUUUCUUUUUUGCUGGAUUUGAAACUUCUUCAACGUUGAUGUCAUUUUGCUUAUACGAGCUGGCGCAGAACCAAGAAAUUCAGGAUAAAGCUCGAAAGGAUAUUUUGGAUACCUUGAAAAAACAUGGAUCGUUGACGUAUGAAGCACUUCACGAUAUGAAGUACUUGGAGAAUUGUAUCUACGAAUCCCUCCGACGGUAUCCGCCAGCGUCAAAUAUAUUCCGAACUGCAACCCAGGACUACAACGUACCAGAGACAUCCGUAACCAUCGAAAAGGGCACAUCGGUCAUGAUUCCUACGUUGGCUAUUCACAUGGACCCGGAGUAUUACCCGGAUCCGCAAAGGUUCGAUCCGGAUCGGUUUAACGCAGACCAAGUAGCGGAACGGCACCCGUUUGCGUUUCUUCCUUUCGGUGAGGGUCCUCGCAUCUGCAUCGGGAUGCGUUUUGGACUGAUGCAAGCCCGGGUAGGACUGGCCACGUUGCUGAAGAACUUUCGGUUCACGGUUGGUACUAAGUUGGAACAUCCGCCAAAGUUUGAUCCUUCCAGUGCGAUUUUAAUGAUCAAAGGUGGAUUAUGGUUGAAGGGUAGCAAAAUUUGAAAUAUGUUGAAUAAAGUUUAAUCUUGGAUAAACCUAA